GGGAAUUGUAACAAUUACCAACAAAACACUGGUUCUGUUUCCCAUUUUGCAAAUAAUCAGAGGCCCUUCUCAUUUAGAACCCUUUCCAUUGCACUGGCCCAGAUUGUUUAAAAGCAGGAUUACAUAGAAACAUCGAAAAUAGGUGCAGGAGUAGGCCAUUCGGCCCUUCGAGCCUGCACCGCCAUUCAAUAUGAUCAGGGCUGAUCAUCCAACUCGGUAUCUUGUAUCUGCUUUCUCUCCAUACCCCCUGAUCCCUUUAGCCGCAAGUGCCACAUCUAACUCCCUCUUAAAUAUAGCCAAUGAACUGGCCUCAACUCCAUUCUGUGGCAGAGAAUUCCAGAGAUUCACCACUCUGUAAAAAAUGUUUUUCUCAUCUCAGUCCUAAAAGAUUUCCCCCUUAUCCUUAAACUGUGACCCCUUGUUCUGGACUUCCCCAACAUUGGGAACAAUCUUCCUGCAUCUAGCCUGUCCAACCCCUUAAGAAUUGUGUAAGUUUCUAUAAGAUCCCCCCUCAACCUUCUAAACUCCAACGAGUACAAGCCAAGUCUAUCCAGUCUUUCUUCAUAUAAAAGUCCUGACAUCCCAAGAAUCAGUCUGGUGAACCUUUACUGUACUCCCUCUAUGGGCUCUAUGUAAAAACACAUGGCUCUGUAUAUAAUUCUAACCCUCCACUCCCGAUUAUGGAUAGAUCUGAACACACCUGUAGGCACAAUGACAGAUAUAGGGAGGUUGCACGGCAGUCGGGUCACGACCCAUGACCCGUACUGUUGCCACGCUACGCCAACUGGAGUACACGCGAUGAACUGCAGGUGUUACUAAAGGGGACAUUCGUCAGAAAAUUUGGGAUUAUAUGGAGAAAAACAACUUGGCAAACUUCCCAAGACCAGUUCAUCACAGAAUUCCUAAUUUCAAGGGGGCUGCUCAGGCUGCAGAAAAUUUACCAAGUCUCCGAGAGUUCAAAAACGCACUGAUUGUCAAAGUAAAUCCCGACAAGCCUCAGGAAAAAGUCCGUUUGCUCGUGUUAGAAGCUAGAAAAACAUUGUUAGUCCCAACACCUCGACUGAGAAAAGGACUGUUUAACAAAAUAGUUCCACCUCCUGGGGCCGCAAAGGAAAUAAUAAGAGUGUGUUCUACUGCUCAGGGAGUGAAGGAUUUCAGUGUACCUGUACAACUUGAUGCAAAGGUUCACAUAGACCUGGUUGUGGUGGGUUCCGUGGCUGUAUCCAAGAACGGCUGGAGAAUUGGAAAAGGAGAGGGAUUUGCUGACUUGGAAUAUGCCAUGAUGGUAUCAAUGGGGAGCAUCGAUGAGAAAACAGUUGUUGUUACCACAGUCCAUGACUGCCAGUUGCUGGACAUCCCAGAAGAGUUGAUGGACAACCAUGAUCUAAUUGUCGACUACAUCCUUACACCUACUCAAGUGAUCACGACCGAUUGUAAACGUUCCAAACCUCAAGGAAUUAUAUGGUCAAAGUUUUUCCUUUUCUGUUCGGGACAGGUGGAUUUGGAGAUGAUGCAAAAAAUUCCAAUCCUCAAAUCCUUUUACUGCAGAGAAAAGCAAGAGGGCAAGGAUGUCGCUCUGAAGGAUGAAAGGUGCAUUGACGAAAAAGAACUGCAGAAGUUCUCUGGUGAAAGGAUGCCCAGGAAAAGUGCAAAUGCAACACGGCUUAAAAGUGAUCCAUUUGAAAAGACUGGGAGUUGUGAUAAGUGUGAAGAAGAAACAGAAUGUGAGACAAAAGCUCAGUCUAAUGCCACAAGUAGAGUUACUGCAGUUUACAUGGGUAACAUACCUCCAAGUCUGAGAGUCAGUGAAUUGAAGAAUAUUUUGAGAGAUCACAAUGUAGCUCCACUGCGUCUGAAUUGGCAAGGUGCUCAACACCGCGCUUUCCUUGACUAUAAAGAUGAAAUAACUGCAGAAGCAGCUGUAACUUCACUCGCAGGGUUAAGUGUAAGUGGGAGUAUAAUUAGGGUUGAACUUGCCAAACACCAAGGAGACAACAGAUUUAGAAGUCAAACAAAUGCACGUGUGAACAGACAGUCUUUAACCUGAUCACAUAAUAAAAAUAUUCAUGUAAAAUUUUAAAUGCAAAAUAAAAAUAACGUUUCUUAAUCAGA